UAUAGAACGGAUCUUGUCGACAUACAGUUACAAUGAAGGGCAUCAUUAUUGCUUUACUUGUCAUAGCUACGGCCAUCUAUGCUGACGAGACCGAUUCCGGAACCGAUGCCCCAACUGACGUCACCGAUCCUCCGGAGCCCGUGGAGGCUACACAAGCUUGUCAACGUGAGUAUGACUACAUCGAGGAACUUGAGAACCAGGUAUGGGAGGAAACGGGCGUCCGACCGUCCGCCACAACCAAACCUCAAUGUCUGGAGGACGGCACCUACGCCCCUCGGCAGUGUAUGUACGGCCACUGUCGAUGUGUCGCCGCUGAUGGAACUAUCCUGACAAAGCAAGACUUCUCAGAAGCUGAAGGUGUAGACACCGACUGUUCCUGUGCACGUGCACAACAUGAGUAUUCUGGGAGAAAUAUACGAGGGAAGUUGUUCCGCUGUACUGCGAUUGGUAGCUAUGAUCCCAUCCAAUGUACAGGGAGUGUUUGUUUCUGUGCUGAUGUGAGAGGUCAACAACUGGGAGAGGAGACCGUCAACAUUGGACUAAUUGAAACGCUUAACUGUUGACGACAGUACACAAUAAAAUC